AUGGAUGCAGUUCCAUCUACAUCUUGUAUCUUUCCUUCUUCUUCUUCCUAUUUCCGCUCAGAUAUAUCGAUCAUCAUCCCUCAUAUUGGUUCAGAAGUCAAGGAAAGACAUUGCAUCAUCAAUAGUAACCGACAAUCAACAACCUCAAUCCGCUGCUCCUUCGCCUCCAAACCGCCCUACGUUCCAUCCGAGAACACAAUCAUAGCGCACAUCAUGUUCAGCUUCGCCAGAAAGGAAAUAUGGCCUUUUUGUAGCAAUGACAUGCGGACGAGAUACUCUAAGAUGCUCACGGAGGCCUGCUUCCUGAUUGUGCAUUGGAGUGGUCUCCACCCUUGGCUGACACUCACGGGCCGCCGCUCGCGCCACCCAUACGGUGCGGUUAACGAUAUAUCCCGAUUCCUGAACCUCAGUCCGCCACCGACAACGCGGUACCGCGCGCAGGACCAGGAGGAGGAAGUCAAGGCGCUGCUGUGCUGGCUGGAGGAGCUGGGGGUGGCGGGCAACGAUGCGUUUCUGGGACUUUUUCAGGAGGUGGAUACUCUGAAGAAGCUGGAGAGCGGAGGGGACCUGCUGCCGAUGCUGGAAUACUGGGAACAGCGGCAGGAGCGGAUACAGGCGAUGAAGCCAUGGGCAGAGGAGGUGGAGAGGGCGAUGUGGAAGACAAGAAGGCUCUUAGGGUCGAGGGUUCGGGGCGAUGAGAAGCCGUGGGGACUCUUCGACGAAGAAAGCAUUGCCUGGUACUAUUAUCGAGAGGAGAAGGCCCCGGCCCAUACGGAGUUGGAGCCCAUUGAGUUUACGAUCGUUCACUACAUCUUCGUCUAG